AACAGGAAGUUCCGGGUAGCCUGCCACCAUUCUUCAGAAUAAAGAAAACGACAGAACGGUGUUGUGCGUUUCGCUUUAUUACUACAGGCCAACUCCGAUUAUGUCUGCGGCCGAUAACAUCAAAAGUGAGGAUAAACCCAAUCUACAGUCACUGGGUCCUGAUUGUGACAGUGCAGCCCAGUUUACACUGCAGGAUCCAGAGAUGGAAUCAGUGAAGCUGGAAGACUGCAGUCAAACACUGGAGCUGAAUGUCAACAUUAAAGAUGAAGAAGAGGAUGAGAAGAUUGGGACAUCUGUGUAUGAUGGAGACCAUGUUGAGACAUUCUCUAUAUCCGGAGAGCAACAGCAGGAAAAUCACAGAGCUAAGAGGUCUCACCCCUGCCCACAUUGUGAGGAGAUUUUCCCAAUUCUAUCAAAACUAGAAAUGCACUUAAAAAUACACACAGGAGAGAAUCUGUAUUCCUGCACUGACUGUGGGAAGAGUUUCACAACAUCACAGGCUCUGACAGUUCAUCUGCGAGUCCACACUGGAGAAAAACCUUACUCCUGCUCUAUCUGUGGGGAGAGUUUCUCUCAACAGAGCAGCUUAAAAACACACCAACGUGUACACACAGGAGAGAAGCCUUACUUGUGCUCUGACUGUGGGAAGAGUUUCUCCACAUCAAGCAGCUUAAAAACACACCAACGUAUGCACACAGGAGAGAAGCCUUACUCCUGCUCUGACUGUGGGAAGAGCUUCACCUCAUCAAGCAGCUUAAAACAACACCAACGUGUACACACAGGAGAGAAGCCUUACUCCUGCUCUGACUGUGGGUCGAUUUUCUCUCAACACAGCACCUUAAAACAACACCAACGUGUACACACAGGAGAGAAGCAUUACUUCUGCUCUGACUGUGGAAAAUGUUUCACAAGAUCAGUUGAGCUAAGAGUUCAUUGGAGAACACACACAGGAGAGAAGCCGUACUGCUGCUCUGACUGUGGGAACAGGUUCUCUCAACAGGGCCACUUAAAAUGUCACCAGCGAAUACACACAGGAGAGAAGCCUUACUACUGCUCUGACUGUGGGAUGAAUUUCUUUCAACAGAGCGGCUUAAAGUCACACCAACGUAUACACACAGGAGAGAAGCCUUACGUGUGCUCUGACUGUGGGAAGAGUUUUUCAAGUCAGAGCAACUUAAAAACACACCAACGUAUACAUAAAGGAGAGAAGCCUUACUCCUGCUCUGACUGUGGGAAGUGCUUCACAACAUCAACUGAGAUAAAAGUUCAUCAAAGAAGACACACAGGAGAGAAGCCUUACUACUGCUCUGACUGUGGAAAGAGUUUCACCCGAUUGGCUACCUUAAAAACACAUCAAUGUAUACAUAAAGGAGAGAAUUCACACCACUUCUCUCAGACCAGCUAAGAUUAAAGACACUCCAUCAAUUAAUCCUCAUCUCAUAAAAGAAGUGGUAACAAUGAAUUUGAUAACAUUAAGAAAGAGCAACACUAUUGUAAUCAUAUUGUUUCUCACUGUGAGGGAACUGUGAAGAGGAAAGAGUGCCUUAUAGAAUGAUGUCAUUGGAAAUUCUAUCCUUUUUUUAAUGCGUCAUGUGCACAUGUGUUGAUGUUGGGGUGGUGCUGGAGAUGAUGAAUAUGAAGUUGAAACAUUUUAGAAAUUUCCCAUUAAGGCAAAAACAAUAGGAUGGUGGUUGGUCGGGUGGAUGGAUGGGUCAGCAUAUUUCAUGAACGUCUAGCAACCCAAAGGUUUCAUGUUUGAAUCUCUUCACGGACAAAUUUAGCAUUUUAGCUAAUAAGCACCGUUUCAACUACACUACAUGACCAAAAGUAUGUGGGCACCUGCUCGUCGAACAUCUCAUUCCAAAAUCAUGGGCAAUAAUAUGGACUUGGUCCCCCUUUUGCUGCUAUAACAGCCCCCACUCUUCUGGGAAGGCUUUCCACUAGAUGUUGUAACAUUGCUACGGGGACGUGCUUCCAUUCAGCGACAAGAGCAUUAGUGAGGUUGGGCACUGAUGUUGAGCGAUUAGGCCUGGAUCGCAGUCGAUAUUCCAAUUCAUCCCAAAAAUGUUUGAUGAGGUUGAGAUCAGGGUUCUGUGCAGGCCAGUCAAGUUCUUUCAAACCGUUUUUGACAAACCAUUUCUGUAUGGACGUCUAUUUGUGCUCAGGGGCCUUGUCAUACUGAAACAGGAAAGGGCCUUCCCCUUGGUGCCACAAAGUUGGCAGCACAGAAUCAUCUAUAAUGUCAUUGCAUGCUGUAGCGUUAAGAUUUCCCUUCACUGGAACUAUGGAGCCCGAACCAUGAAAAGCAGCCCCAGACCAUUAUUCCUCCUCCACCAAACUUUACAGUUGGCACUAUGCAUUGGGGCAGGCAGCGUUCGCCUGGCAUUCACCAAACACAGAUUUUUCCGUCAGACUGCCAGAUGAUGAAGCGUGAUUCAUCACUCCAGAGAACACGUUUCCACUGCUUCAGAGUCCAAUAGCGGCGAGCUUUACACCACUCCAGCCAAUGCUUGGCAUUGCGCAUGGUGAUCUUAGUCUUGUGUGCGGCUACUCGGCCAUGGAAACCCAUUUCAUGAAAGUCCCGACGAACAGUUCUUCUGCUGCUGUUAUUUCCAGAAGCAUUUUGGAACUCGAUAGGACAGGCAAUUUUUACGUGCUACGCGCUUCAGCACUAGGCGGUCCCGUUCUUUGAGCUUGUGUAGCUUACCACUUCACGGCUGAGCCAUUCUUGCUCCUAGACGUUUCCACUUCACAAUAACAGAACUUACAGUUGACCAGGGCAGCUCUAGCAAGGAACAAAUUUGACGAACUGACUUGUUGGAAAGUGGCAUCCUAUGAUGGUGCCACAUUGAAAGUCACUGAGCUCUUCAGUAAGGCCAUUCUACUUCCAAUGUUUGUCUAUGGAGAUUGCAUGGCCGUGUGCUCGAUUUUAAACACCUGUCAGCAACGGGUGUGGCUGAAGUAGCCAAAUCCACUAUUUUGUGUGUGUAUAUAUAGUGUACUUAGCAUGUUAAUUAAUGUUUGCAACAACAAAUUGGAAUUUGUAAAAUAUCAUAUGUAUCGCAAAUUCGAAACAGUGUACGAAUUGUAAUUCAUACUAUACAUCUUAGAAAUCAUAUUACAUUCAUAGGCCAAUGUAACAUAACAUACUGUGUCAUACUAAAUUGAGUGGUAUGGUUUUGCUCUGACACCAAGUUCUCCCUCUGCAGUUUUCUGUGGGAAUGAGCUAGUAGAUACAACAUGUGUCAGAUAGAGAUGAUGUGAUGAUCAGUUUUCUGUGGGAAUGAGUUAGUAGAUACAACAUGUAUCAGAUAGAGAUGAUUUGAUGAUCAGUUUUCUGUGGGAAUUAGUUAGUAGAUACAACAUGUAUCAGAUAGAGAUGAUGUGAUGAUCAGUUUUCUGUGGGAAUGAGUUAAUAGACAACAUGUAUCAGAUAGAGAUGGUGUGAUGAUCAGUUUUCUGUGGGAAUGAGUUAGUAGAUACAACAUGUAUCAGAUAGAGAUGAUUUGAUGAUCAGUUUUCUGUGGGAAUGAGUUAGUAGAUACAACAUGUAUCAGAUAGAGAUGAUUUGAUGAUCAGUUUUCUGUGGGAAUGUGUUAGUAGAUACAACAUGUAUCAGAUAGAGAUGAUUUGAUGAUCAGUUUUCUGUGGGAAUGAGUUAGUAGACAACAUGUAUCAGAUAGAGAUGGUGUGAUGAUCAGUUUUCACCAUUACUUUGGGUGGAUUCUUUUUUACUACAUAAUGACUUUUGUUUAAUGAUACAGUCAUUUAACAUGACCUUGUGAUAGCUAUGAAACAGCUACCUGUUUAUUCAAUUGUCUUUUAAAACUAGAUUAAUUAUUUUAGUCAUUGAUAAUUAAUGCAUUUGGAUAACUGUAAUGAACUUCAUUUAUCUGCUAAUGAAAAAUAAACAUUCUACAUGAAUUUGUGCUGGUCAACCUUUGUUUUGUGGGUUAUCUAUACAGAAAAUACAAUGUUUUUGUUUAAUUCACGGCAUUCAAAAUAAUUUACAUGUCUAUCUACUCAAAACAUGUCACUACACCUUUACACAUCACCAUGGGGACAAACCACUUUGCUAGCCACCAGUAAUUGCUACAAUGCACACAAAUAGAUGUUUUGCAGUAUAAAGGACUUACAUAUGUUUCUUGUUAAAUAAAAUGAUAUUGUGCAAUGAAA